UAACUUCACGCAGACCGAUUUGUUUACGACGCUAGCGACUCCGUUAGCUAACAUUAACGCUAAACUGUAAACUCAGUUGACGUUACAGGUCGUCAGCCAUGGGGAAAUCGUUUGCAAAUUUCAUGUGUAAGAAGGAUUUUCAUCCUGCGUCGAAGUCAAAUAUCAAAAAGGUAUGGAUAGCAGAACAGAAACUGACUUUCGAGAAGACCAAGCAAGAAGAACUAAUGCAGGCCUAUCUGAAAGAGCAGGACACUUACAACAACAGGUUGUUGAUGGGCGAUGACCGUGUUAAAAAUGGCCUCAAUUUUAUGUACGAGGCUCCACCUGGAGCAUCCAAAGAGGAAAGGAAAGAGGAUGGGGAAGAAGAGUACAAAUUUGAGUGGCAGAAGGUGGCUCCUCGAGAGAAGUAUGCAAAGGAUGACAUGAAUAUUAGAGAUCAGCCGUUUGGAAUCCAGGUGCGCAACGUAAGAUGCAUCAAAUGUCACAAAUGGGGCCAUGUGAACACAGACAGAGAGUGUCCUCUCUAUGGGCUGUCGGGUAUCAAUGCCAGCUCUGUGGCCUCCGAGGAGGCAGCAGGUCCGUCGAUGCACCCCUCGGAGUUAAUGGCAGAGAUGCGAAACAGUGGGUUUGCCUUGAAAAAAUGUGUCCUUGGUAGGAAUGCUACUGUUUGUGAUCCAUCGCAGGAAUAUGUUGCCAGUGAAGAAGAGGACGAUCCCGAGGUGGAGUUUCUGAAGUCAUUAUCAACAAAGCAAAAACAGAAGCUCCUCAGAAAACUCGACCGCCUGGAAAAGCAGAAGGCCAAGAAAAAGAAGAGCAAAAAACAGAAAAAGAAAAGCAAAAGAAAACACAAGAAAAAGCAUGAAAGCAGUGAGAGCUCCAGUGACUCCUCCAAUAGCAGCAGCAGCAGUAGUAGUAGUAGUGAUAGUGGCUCCGAUUCAGACAGCCAUGGCAAGUUCAAGAGCCAAAAGAGAAAGAAGAACAAGAAAAAAGAUUCCUGUCGGGAUAACAGCUCUAAGAGCGAGCGGCAAGUCAAGAGUCAGAAAAAGGCCUCCUCUCAUAGGAGCAGGUCACCGAGCCCUCGCACUAGACAGAAGCGGCCUGAAGAGGAGUCCGGAGAUUAUAGACAAACAAGGACAGAGAGGGGAAGGAGCAGGAGUCGACAGCGCAGCCCAGAGAACAAGAUCAAGCUGGAGGGAGGUCAAGAGAGAAAGAGACACAACAGCAGGGACAGGCAGAGACCUAGCAGCUCCAAGUCUGGCUUGGACAGAAGUAGGAGCCACGAGAGAGGCAGGGAGGACAGAGGUAAAGACAGGCGUCACAGUAGAGAUGGUGAGAGGAACAGAAGUAACACAGAUGGAAGGAAGGGCAGAACAGCAGAUGGGAGGAGCAGAAGCAGGGAAAGGAGGAAAGAAAGGGAGGGAAGGGGAAGAAGUAGGAGUAGGGAGAGAAGCCAAGACAGAGGAAGAAGAAAGCACUGACUGUGUUUUUUCCCCCCUGUUUAAAAUAUUGGACAAGUAGUAAAACAGUUUUUAGUUCAGUGACUGUCAUGUAGUAUUCUUGGUAAUCAGUGUCCCUCAUAUUUAAAAUCGCAGUGGGUCUCAUUUUCCUCCAGUAGAGGGAAGCAGUGGACAGAAAAUAUGUGGCUGCAGCUCAUUGCGCUCUUGUGUUGUCUUGGAUUGUAUGAAAGGGUCUAAAUUAAUUGAUUACCAUUAGUAGCAAUUUGCAGCUGUGAUCCGUUGAUGGGAAAAUGUUGGACUCAUUUUAAUGGUCAGUUGGCGACAAGAAAGACUUUUUCUGUUGCUGCAGUUUUUUUUUUUUUUUUUAACCUUAGUUUCAUUAUUGUGUCUUUUUGGAAAUAUCAACUCUGUAAGCUGUACUGUCUGGACGGCUGUUGAUUCCUGAACAUAAUAAUCAGGACUUUUAUUUUCUCAUUAAAUUUUUAAUCAUCUCAA